UAGGAAGAUACAGUAGCUCUCAGAAAAGAGGGUAUUGGUGUAGUUCUUGAUUCCCAAAUGCCCUAUUUAAUCUGCAUUGAUGAAGAUCUACUCAGCACAGGGGUUGUUCUCUAUCAUUUAAAGGAAGGUAAAACUUCAGCUGGGACUGGAGGAACCGAGCCAGAGCAGGAUAUAGUUCUCCACGGUGAAGCUCUUCAGAGGGAACACUGUGUGUUUGAGAACCAGAGAGGAGCGGUCAGACUGGUGCCGUUACCAGGAGCCAGAUGUGCAAUCAAUGGGGUGGAGGUGACCCAGCCAUACCUUCUGACCCAGGGUGUGAACAUACAACUUGGAAAGGCCACCAUGUUCCAUUUCAACCAUCCUCAAGAAGCUGCCCAACUCCGGGAGAAACGCAAGUCUGGGCUCUUCGUGUCGAGUGACUCCACUGCGUUCUCCGUGGACACUUUCAGUCAUUUCAGUUCCAGAAAGGUUUCUGACCAACCUGAAGGUGACGCAAAAGACUGUUGUUUCUCAGGAGAGAAUCACAGGAUAUUUUCCUCAUCUCUUACUCCUACAAACUUCAUCUUUCCUCAAAACAAGACAGACAGUAGUUUCAGCGGCCCUUCCGGGUGUCAGCACGUUCCUGAGACACACAGGGCACUUACAGAACACUGUGUCACUAACAACCCAGAAGGAGAUGCCAAAAGUCUAGGAAAGUCGCUUCAGACAAGUCUCAACAUCCAGUGGGAGAAGCAGCAGUCAGCCCCUCAUAAAUCAGAAACUGAAGCUCCGUCAGUGGACGUGACAUAUAAGGAAACGAAGGGGGAGGAAAAAGGGGUGAAUGGAGGGCUCUGGGAUACUAGAAUAAUUCAAGAGUGCCGUAACGGGACCUCUGGGCUUCUGGAUGUCGAGAAGCAGUAUCUCUGUCACCCGAUCGUGGGCUCAGAAGGGAGCUUGUUAGCUGAGGAGUCCCAUAUACAGAGCAUGCACUCCGCCAUGGGAGGAGGAGCAGCCUUUGUCCCCAGCUUGACUCGCUUGAAGCACUUUUCACAGAGGCAUAGCCCACUUACCAUGGAGGGCCAAUUUAGCGAGCACAUUUUAUCCAGAAUGUCUGUUGAGAGUCAAGAAGCCAAAGUCCAUCCAGAAGGAAGGGGGCUCAGCUCUAGCCUGGGGAGCCUUGCAAGUAGAGUGUCCUGGAUGCUGGCGGACGCAGGGCGUGUGCUUACAAACUCUUUGAAGGAACAAACCGGUGGUAGAGAAAGCAGUUGGUACAAUCAAAUGUGCUCAAUGGUAAAGGAUCUACCCUUUGUACACCAUAUCCAGUUAGAAUUGACUCUAAGACCACAGGCAAAACCAACUCUGGAGGCAACCCAAUUUCGACGCAAUCUGUCUCAUAGUGAGAUAUUGUCAGUAAGAAAACAGAGUGUAGCGUUGCCUUCCAUGCAAGAUCUGUCAAGAUCCAGAACAGAUGAAUGGAAGAGCCCUUUGAUGGCUUUGGAGACAACUCGGACAAGAGGUUCGGUGACCACCCAGAUAAGUGAAGGACUGAAGGUAUGCUGCCAAAGACUACACCCUGUACCUGAACCCUUGCUCCAUCUCCAGAACCUUCCACCUCAACAGCUUCUCUCCUGCCUGCACAAUGUCAUCCCUGCCCACUUGCUAAUGGAAGAGCGGGUGUUAGCUUUAUACUGGCUCAGUGUCGCCACCUGUUCUCAACCAGAUCCACAGCCUGCAGUUAUUGUCCUUUUCCAGACUAAGCUUUUGGUGGUCACCUUUGAUCCUUUGACUGAUUCUUCCAGCCCCACACACUCUUUAAAUGUUUUCUAUGAAUUAUCUUUUGAGGAAAUGAAGGAGAUCCACAUUGGUUUUGCUGGGCAGAAUGUCAGACUGACGGGCAUCACAGAGAACAGCAUACUUACCUUGCACACUUGCAAUGCAGUCUUAAGUCAAGAACUGUCCCGAACUUUACUUGAGGCUAUUUGCCCUUUCGAGAGUGGUGCACUGGACCAUCCGCUACUGUCAAGUGACAUAGUAUCUUUGUCCUUAGACUGGGACUCCCAUAUUAAGGAUUUGCUACUACCCUCUGGUGGGCGCCUUACAUGCUCUUUCCAGAAAACUCUUGCUAAGGUGGUCUUCCUGUUACAUGGUAACAUGCAGGGUGAACGUCCGGCACUUGCGCAUGUACAAAUACUUCUUUACACGACUGUCAGAUUUCAGCGAUCAUGCCUCGAGCUGCACACUGACCCCAUUGUACCUGUUUCACAGGUGGCACCAAUAGAAUCUGAGCUUGUCCAGCUUGUCCUGACUGACACACACCUGUGUCUCUUGCAUGAGAAUGCUGUUUAUCACCCACCUCCACGUUCACUAGCUUUAGUGGCACCUCAUGCCCAGUUCAGGAUAAUAGACCUGCGGCAGCGUUUGGACGUCCGUUGCGUGCUGGUCAGAGACGGAUACGGCAGUAUGUGUCUGGAUGUGGUUUUGGCUCAUGUCUACCGGAAAUCCGGUGGUACUGGAGGUCACCCUCAACCUCCAGACGUCUUCAGUGCUGAUGAGGCAGCUGCCCAAUCUCCUACCAACUCUGAUUCAUCUCCCCGGAAUGAAGUGUGGAAAUUAACUUUCAGCAGCUCCGCUGAGGCCACCUUCCUGAUUAAUAACUUGUCAAACAUUUGAUCAAGGACCUUCCAGCAAAAUAAUUAACAGCCCAGUGAGGAGAAUUCGACAGGCGACUACAAAUAGGCUGAGUUCACCGAAAACAUGACAUGAGUCUGUGGCGCUAAGAUUUGAGAAAUAUUUUGUAAUUGUUGUGUUAUUUUUUUACUUUUCCAUGAAGUUUUAUGACUAGCAUUGUGAUAAAUUUGUCUGACAAAGGGAUAAGUAAAGGCCACACACCAAAAACCGAUAACUGUAACAAUAACUACAUUAGUGUCCACACCAACGCGCAGUAUUGUUCUGUUUAUUCUAAGCAUGUGCUGCAGUUAUGCAUA